GUUCCUCUGCUAUAGCUCUCUAGCCUUUCAAAGAAGUAACUGCUCUGCUUUUGGUAAAUAGAGGAUUAAAAAUAACAGGCUGUCAUACCAGUUCAUGUUUGCUGUGUGGACUGUGUAGCUCCGAUCUCAAGCAGUUUGGAAUGUUUUUCUUAAAAUAUUUUUAGGAGAUUUUGUUGUGAAUGUAAGUUAUACUGAACUCUGGAGGGAAGUGAAACUUGUGAGUACAGUUACACGUGGUUUGAAAAUUACUGUCUUGUUUUCCUAUAUUGCAUAGCAAGUUUUUUUUUUUUUUUUAUCACGACCUGACAGUGAAGGAAAAGCAACCAACAGUUUUCCAGCAUACAUGGGAACUCCUGCAAUUCUUUUUAAAAAGCAUCUCAGGUGGAUUCUUCAAGAAGUUGUUUGAGAAAAUGGCCAAAGUGUGCAGAGCUGUAAUCUAAACAAAGAGUGACUACUUUGAACAAGCUAAAAUAACAGACAUUUAUAAGGUGGCAGCAAGGCAAAAUCGCACGUCAUAUUUGGAUUAAACAUCUGGAACUUGUGAGCCAGCCCUUCCCAACGCUUUACAAGUAAUGAGCAGCAUGGUUGAAGAAGAACUCUGUGUUUUAUAGCACCAUAUGGCUAUGUCUAUUCUCCAUCACGUUUCUACAGUCGCAACAGCUGACAUGAAUAAAGUAGUGUUGUGGUCACGGGAGGAAGUUUCUCUCUGGCUUAAGGAUCAGGGGUUGCAGGAGUACUUGGAACCUUUGCAGAAUUGCGAUGGACCAGCUUUGUUAAAUCUCACUACAGACGACUUCAAGAGGCCACCCCUUUCCAGGGUCACAUCGGAUGGUGGCAGGCAGCUCUUGGACAAGAUUGAUACUCUUAAAAUCGUGCAUCACAUUGACAUGCACAAGAACGGACAUGCUAACGGGCACAUGGUCUUGAAUCAUGAUGCAAAUGCUGGGAGCGCCGGCAAGGCUCAACGGAAUGGCAUAGUGAAUGGCUUCCAUAAGGAACUGGUGCAGAUUCCCAUACCAGAACCAGCCUCUCCACAGUUCCCUACGGAAUGGGGAAAGACGGUUGUUGCCCUCGUCUAUGCCUUAUGCUGCUUCGUCUUUACCACCAUCAUUAUAUCUAUGGUCCAUGAACGUGUGCCUCCUAAGGAGGCAGCUCCACCACUCCCGGACAAGUUCUUUGACUUUUUUGACAGAGUGGAGUGGGCUUUCUCUGUAUGUGAGAUUAAUGGAAUGAUUCUCAUGGUCCUGUGGAUUAUACAGUGGAGUCUCUUAAAACACAAAUCUAUUAUUAUUCGACGGUUCUUUUUCAUAGUCGGGACACUCUACCUCUACAGAUGCAUUACAAUGUACAUCACUACUCUUCCAGUGCCUGGCAUGCACUUCAGAUGCUCUCCCAAGCUGUAUGGUGACUGGGAAUCUCAGAUGCGGAGGGUGAUGAAAAUGAUCGCAGGAGGCGGUUUAACCAUCACUGGCUCUCAUAACAUGUGUGGAGACUACCUGUACAGCGGCCACACAGUCAUGCUCACCAUCAUGUAUCUCUUCAUGAAAGAGUAUUCUCCUAGAAGGUUCUGGUGGUACCACUGGGGCUGCUGGGUUCUCUGUGCAAUAGGAAUCUUCUGCAUUCUACUUGCUCAUGACCAUUACACCAUUGAUGUUGUUGUGGCCUACUUCAUCACCACACGCCUCUUCUGGUGGUACCACACUAUGGCCAACCAACAAGCACUAAAAGAGACAUCCCAGACCAACUUUUUCACCCGCGUGUGGUGGUACAGAUUUUUCCUGUACCUGGAAAAGAACGUUUCUGCCAUCGUCCCUCGUAGCUAUCAGAGGCCCUUUUCAUGGCGAUCGCUGCAAUUGGGUCAUGUGAAGUACACACGGAUAGACUCAGACUGACCAGGAACAUGUCCAUGUGGACAUUGGUCUCCGAAACAUGCGCCCAAAGUGCCGGAACACAAAAACCUGAAGAUGGUCUGAAAUUGUAGCUAAACCCUUUAACACUUCGCCAUGAGUCUCAGUCUAACAAAAUAAUCAUCCAAAGCUUCUCUUUUCCUCACAGGACUGAUUUUAGGAUCUUGGAUGUAAAGCUUAUAAUAUACAGUUUGUAUGGGGUUUAGGUUAUAGGAAUAGUUCUUACAAAAGCUAUAUUUGUGCCAUUUAAUCAUGUUUUUCUAAACCUGGAUGACUUCAUUUCUUCAGUGGAAUAUCCUGGUCGCUCUUUUCAGUGCAGUUGCAUUGAAUGGCAAUUGUGGCUUUCAAGCUUCAAAAAGGACACAAAAGCACCAUAAAAGUUGCCCUAUCUUUACCAAAGAUAUCAUAUGGCUUCAUUAUACUUGGAAUAUAGCACACAAAUUGUAUGGACCACUUUUAUGAUAUUUUUAUGCUACUUUUUCCCAUUCUGGAGCUGGACGGCUUCAAUCCUCAAUUGUUUUCAUUAAGAAAAAGAGCAGCCUGGAUAUUCUUUAAAAAUUCACCUUUUGUGUUCCAUGGAAGAGAGUCAUAUGAUUUGGAAUGACAUGACGAUAAGUAAAUAAAGACAGAAUUUUAACUUUUGGGUGAACUAUUCCAUUCACUUUAGGAUAAUGGUUUACAUAAAACCAAGUCAAACAUGGUCAGUGAUGAUAAGCAAGUUCUUUUGUUCUCUCUAUUUGUGCUUUUGGGUUUGCAUUUGACCAUAUCAUCAUCCUGCAUCGCACAACAGGCCCCAAGAAAUGAAUCACACCAACAAAUGCGUGUUCAGGUUCAAGACUGCAAAAGCCAGCAAACUAAAUGCCAAGUUACUGCUUUGCCGAAUAACUUGACGACAUGUAGCCUAAUUAUGUUUGCCCCUGUUUACUGGCAGUAAGCCAUAUUUUCCAACUGUUUUUGUUAACUCAAAUAGAAGCAAUGCAUUUUCAAAUGGGUUUUGUAAAGCAUUUAAUUUUUCUAGUCAUUUGCCUAAUACGUGCCAUCAGAGUAGGUUUUUAUUAAUCUGAUUUUUAUUUUUCAAACUACUGCUUUAUUUUUUGUACUUAAAAAAGCUACAGAAGGCGAAUAUAUGUUCAGAUAAUCUAACACUCCUCAGUGCCUUAAUUGUUCGGAUUGAACAGUGUUCUGGCGGUCAUCUGUAAUAAUGUAUUUAUGUUUGUUGACAAUGUCAGUGUUUUGGACUUGAUCUGUUAUAUUCAUGGUGGUCGUAACCACCAUCUGCUGAUCUCUAGUACUACAUGCUUGAAAAAUUCUCAUUGUCACCUGAAUGUAACAGUCCUGUUACUUUUCAAAGUGUCUUUCCAUGACAGUGUCCUCAAAACUAAUUCAGAUGCCCUUAACAUUUCUCUGUUGUAAAUGUAUUUAUUUAUGUUUUUGUUGCAUUGUGUUUAGUAUUUCACACUGUGGAAUAUGGAGUCUGUGUUGUCACAUUGUUUCAUUCAUUCGGUGCUUUUGACUCUGAGUUCCAGGUCUCUGAGGAGGGGUGUGCUGGGUUGACUAUGCACAGAGAUUUGUUCGGAGCGGCCUUAUAACUGUUCUUGUGUUGCUGUGUCUUGAAUGACAAGAACGAUGUGACCCAGCCUAAACUCUUCAUGAGCCAGUGCAAAUAAUCUGUCGUGUUGACCACCCAUUUCAACAAGCUGCUAAUUGUGAUUUACUGGUGGGAGGUGUACAGUAUGUCCAUUAACAAACAAUUAAAUUACAGUUAUUAGCACAAAACGUCUUUGUUUCAGUUUUGUGUGUGUGUGUUGUUUUGUUACAAUGUCCACAGAGGCACUUCCAGUCAAAAGUUUGGACAACAAACAACAACAAAAAUUAGCACAAAAUGGAUUUGUAUGUUUUGUGUGUCAUAUGUUUUGAUGUUUUUUAGUGUUUUGUUUAUUUAUUUUUUCGUUUGUUUUUUCUUUCUUUCUUUGGACUUUGUAACAAAACAAAACAAUGUA